AUGAGAUUAGUGAUUAAAGAUAACAAUGACCAGGUGGGCGAGUUCAUCGCCAAUUACAUCUGUAGCAAGAUCAACGCAUUCGUGCCAUCCGAGCAAAAGAAGUAUAUUGUGCUUGGUCUGCCAACUGGAUCAUCGCCACUGCCCGUCUACAAACGCCUGGUCGCCCUGCACAAGGAGGGCAGACUGUCGUUCAAGAAUGUGGUCACCUUCAACAUGGACGAGUACGUCGGUCUGCAGCCCGGCCAUCCAUUCAGCUACCAUCACUUCAUGCACGAGAACCUGUUCAAUCACAUCGAUAUCGUUCGCGACAACAUCCACAUAUUGUGCGGCGUGGCUCCCGACCCCGUGGCCGAGUGCGCUCGCUACGAGCAGUCCAUCAUCGACCAUGGCGGCAUCGACCUGUUCCUGGGUGGCAUUGGCGUCGACGGCCACAUCGCUUUCAACGAGCCAGGUUCAUCGUUGAGCAGUCGCACACGUCUAAAGACUCUGACCAAGGAUACGAUCAUCGUCAACUCUCGCUUCUUUGAGCGCAUCGAUCAAGUGCCCACGCGUGCGCUGACCGUCGGAGUCGGCACGAUCAUGGAUGCUCGCGAGGUGGUGCUGAUCAUCACCGGUCACAACAAGGCCAUGGCGUUGUACAAGACUGUCGAGGAGGGCAUCAGCCACAUGUGGACCGCAUCGGCACUCCAAAUGCACAAGAAGGCCAUGAUCGUCUGUGACGAUGCUUCCACCGAUGAACUCAAGGUCAAGACUGUCAGGUACUUCAAGGAUGUAGAGAGUGGAUUA